AUGGCCGGUCAUUGUUGUUCCUCCUUUACUUCAGCAUUGGUGGAAGCACUACAGCCUGUAUUUCACAGCAGUGCCAAUUCUGUCAUGAGGAAUUCAGAGGAUGCAGUGAGAGCUUCAAAAAGCUCUGCUGCUGAUUUGGUCUUGGAAGAUGCGAUGGCAGAGGAGAGAGAGCAGAGGUAUCUUGCCAGCUGUUGCAAGCAUGGGGUGGAUUAUCCAGGCAUGGCCAGACUCAAUGGCUCUGUUCAAGAUAGUGUCGGUAUGCUGCUUUGCUGGCCCCCUCACCAUCCGCAUCCCCAUGUCAUGACAACCGCCAAAUGGACUCCACGCUGUCUGAUCCGGAAGUGUCACAAGACCAACUAA